GGUCUUACAAAAAAUAUUGCAAGUUAUCAAAGCCAAACCCACUGCCAAAUUCACAUAUUUGCCUAUUUGGGUUGUGAUCUUCCAUUAAAACUCUUUACACACCUCUGCAAAUAUCUUGGCAAAGUUACAAACAUAUGAUUCUUAACGUCCAUUAUAAAACCAAUAUCAUCAAUAAUACACCAAAAAAUCUCCAUAUUAAAAAGAAAUAUUCCACCCCUUUAUUCUCCACGAUCUCCUCCUCCUACACAUCAACACGCACACAAAAUUCAUCCUAUAAAAACCAGCCCAAAAUCUCUUAUUACAUGCACUAAAAAACCAUUCUAAACCCACCGGAAAAUGACGUCAGUGAUCCAAGACCACCGCGAGAACGCCGAGAUCAUCACCGACGAGGCCCUCUGCAAGAAAAAAUCCAAGGAGCUUCUCCGUAGCAUCGCUCUGCCCACCGGCCUGCUGCCGUUAAACGACAUCGUUGAGGUAGGACACAAUCAUGAAACAGGCUUCGUGUGGCUCAAACAGAAGAAGAAGACUGAGCAUUUGUUCCGUGCGAUAGGGCGCAGGACAAGUUAUGAUACGGAAGUGACGGCGUUCGUUGAGAACCGACGGAUGAAGAAGCUGACAGGUGUCAAGACCAGAGAGCUUUUCAUCUGGGUCAGUCUUUCGGAUAUCCGGAUUGAUGACCCGGAAUCUGGGAAAAUUACGUUCGGUACCCCUACGGGGAUUUCGAGGAGUUUUCCUGUGAGUGCUUUUGAGGAGGAAGAGGAGUAGGGGUGGGGGUUGAAAAGUCAAUGUGAAUUUUAUGCAGAGUCAAGAUGUCAACGCUUUAGUUGUGGUGUGUUUUUGUUAUCUACGUUGUGGUACUACUAUGGUUUAUGAAUUGUGAUUAACAAAUAAAUGCCCUAUUAUUCAAAAAAAACAAAAUCAAAUAAAUGCCCUCACUUUAUACUCCAAAAA